AUUUCCCAGUAAAAUUGCAAAAUGCAGGUGAUAGUAGACAACGAAGAGCAGGAAAAAAUUCAACAACACAAAGAGGAGGCGAUGGAGCACCGUCGUAGAUUAUUGCUGAAGAAAAGUGAUUUGAAGCAUCGGUUGCGUCAACAGCACAUCGAUCGGAGGAUUGCAACGGAAGCGGAAGAGCUACAACGUGUUAAAGAAGCAUUUGACUUGAAGUUACGUCGAAUGGAGCGAGAUGAGAAACUUGCUAAAGAGUUAGCGCUUCGGAAACACCAUGAACAGCAAGAGUUUUUUCAGAAGUUAAAGGCAAGGAAUACUUGCCCGAUAGUUUCUGACCAUAUUAUUCAAAAUUUAGAAACAAAAUUAAAUGAAGAGAAGCAAAAGGAUACAACGCGUUUAAAUUUGCCCGAUGCAUGGUUGUUUGGCGGGGAGAUGCCCUUAGAGGAGCUGCAGAAGAAGAAGUUGAGUUACAGAAGAGAGCUACAGAACCAGCAGACAGACAAUUAUCAUAGGAAACGCGAAUUGGAGGAAGAGAAGCAUAGAGAACGCAAAAUUCUAGAAGAAACUGACGAAACUUUGCGCAGAGAGGAAUUAGAAGCGGAGAAGGUGAAAAAAGAGAAGGCUGCUUUGCUGCAGGCUGAGAAGGAUGCUUUCCUGAAGGCUAGGCAGAUCUGGAAGAACAAGCGGAGGGAGGUUCUGAAGCAGGAGCACGAUGAAAUUCAGAAGGUAAUUAAUGAAAAAGAGGCUCUGCAGAAGCGAGAAGCCGAGCAGAAGACUGACACGCAAGCAGGGAAGGACGCGAUGGCGCAGAAGGUAGGGAAACAGAUCCAGGAUGCAGAAUUUAAGAAACUGGAGCGCGAGAGAAUCUGUCGAGAUUUAUACCUAGCUGAAAAAGAGAAUAAACUAGCUAAUGAGGUGAUUAGGCUAGCACUGCAGAAGAAACACACGGCAAAGGAACUUAUGCAGGAUAUGAUGAGACAACGGAGGUUCGCCGCUGAGAAAAAAGCAAAGGACGAUGCGAUCGAUGCAGCUUUUGCAAGGUAUCUGGCCGAGGAGCGGAAGAAACUUGAAACUGCGGAGAAGAAAAAGGAAGAAAAGCGUCGAGAAGAAGUGAUGCAGUACGGAAACGAGCUAAGGGAGACCAUAGCCAGGAAUAGGGUGCAAUUCGAGGAAGAAACUGCACGGAGGCGAAUCAGAGUUGUGGCAGCGAGACAAGAUUGCAAGGAUAAACGCGGUGACAGCGAAGUUUGCGCUGCAGCGAAAGUAAAAUGUCAUUCGGACUCGGGUUUGAAGCAUAUGUAGGAAUACACGGCCUAUCUGAAAGAUGCUCAGACUAUUUCUACGUCUAUUUAUUGGUAUACAGUUAUAUAUAACGGUGCGCGAACGGCGUCGCCCUCGCGGCUUUCGCGGCUCUCGUUAUUUGUACAAAGUCCGUGUAAAAAUACAGCAGCCCCAUCUUA